UGUUAACCUGUCAUGCGCAAGAACUGCGCGGUUGAGGAGAUCAGUAUUCCAAUCAUUUGCUUUGAGCGAAGCGCAGAACAGCGUAGACUUGCAUCAACGCAGGCUGACAGUGAACAUCUAUGCACGUCAUCAAGGAUUCGGACAUUAAUUACGCACCUCUGGCUUUUCUGUCGUAAUUUAUGUUUUUUUAGUACAGAAUGGGGUGUAACUCCAGUACGCAGACCUCAGCACAAGAGGCAAGCAAACCAAGCUCAAAACCAAAGGAAAGUAACGGAGCAAGCACAACAGGCACAGCCAAUGAAAAUGGGGGCAUUCCAGAGGACAGUGAGACCCUCCCAGACCAAACUGCACCAGAGGCCGCGGCACAGCCAGCCAGUGAGAGCUCCAUAGCCCCAGCCACAGCAGAGCCCACAGGGAGCCCACAGGCAGAGGGCACUGAGGCUGCUGCCUCUGCUGCCUCCGCUGCCUCUGCCCCUGAGUCCUCCAGCCCCGCUCCAGCCUCCAGUGACUCCACAGCCCUGCCGGCAGCAUCUGAGGGUGAUGCCCCAGCAGAGGGCACCUCGAAUGAGGCUGCAGCUGCGUCUGGAUCCCCUGCCGAGGCCUCAGACAGCCCUGCUGAGUCAGCCCCCGAGCCAGCAGAGGGGACAACAGAAGAUGCUGCAUCAUCAGAGACCCCGGCUGAAUCCAACCCUGAAGCCCCAGCUCCCACCGAGGGGAACUAAGGGUGCCCCAGAGGGACACAUACCCACAAAACCCCAUGAUGCUCACCACAUUUCACAGUGUGCAAAAGCAAGACUGUAAAUCCACAGGGAACUUUAUUUAUAAAACCUUUAAAUUGGAGGCAGUUGAGCAAUAGCUUGUAACAGCUCAGGUACCAGCACACAAGGAGUCUGAUUACAGGAAGUUAUAUUUGAACCCCUUUUAUAUAGUCAUUUUAGUUUGAAAGUUAAAGUUGGUUAAAGUCACCUGGAACCAACCGUGCUUUUACAAUGGUCCCUACUGUGAGGGUCACGUCUACAAUAAUUCAGCAAUUGUCUGUUGCCAAGAUAGACAGACCAGUCUCAAAAGCUGGAGUCUAACAGAGUGACUGUGCCUUCAUUUCCUUCUGUUGGUGUGUGAGAAGAAUUUAUACUUUUGUAUAUACCAUAUUUCACCAGCACAAUAAGAUAAGAGAUUAUAUAAAUUACAUAGUAUAUAGCUUAAUGUCUUUGAAAUACAACUACUUUACUGUGAAAGGUUUGACUUUUUUUUUACGUAAAAGUCAAGACUUGGACUUAAUCGCCUUACACCUCUGUGUAUUUCACAAAUACACAGGCUAUAUAUGUAUUGUAUAAUCCACGACCAUUUAAAUGAUUGAAAGCCAAAGAAUUUGCAAAGAUUUAAAUUUUCUUUAUGCAGCCUCGUCCAUUUUACUGUAAUUUCCUGAAUCAGAAAUAAAAGGUCAACUGAAAA